AGGCGGCCAGGCCCGGGGGGAGGCUUUGGGGGCUAUUUGGUUACCGGCCAGUGCUGCUCGCUGUUUAGUCUAGCAUGAGACAGCCGAGGGUGAGCACCCGAGUUUUCACACAAUAAAGGUUCUGAAGGGGAACCCACUCCAGGGGAUACCACCAGCCCAGGGGAGAGAAGCGCAGCACCAUGUUCAAGACCAGCUACCGGCACGAGGUGCGCAAGGAAAAGUACGAGCGCUCCCAUGUCUUCGAGGAGGAACCCGCCGACUCGGACUCCGCAGGCGCCUCGGCCAUCCAGGGCUGGGAGAGCCUGCAGGAGCUCAACGGCCGCUUCGCCCGCUACAUCAACCGGGCCCGAGUGCUGGAGCAGCGCAACGCCGUGUUCCGCAAGCAGCUGGAGACGCUGCAGCGCAUGGAGGAGGCCAGCGGGCUGGAGGAGGCCUUCACGGAGCAGAUCGAGGUCAACAGGCAGCGCAUCCGGGAGCUGUCCUCCGACCACGCCAAGCUGGAGCGGGAGCUGAAGGAAGCCUGCCGCAUGCUGGACGAGUUCACCAGCAAAUAUAGGAAUGAAUGUGACUAUCAGGAACACCUGCGGGGAACAUUGGAGCAGUUAAACAAGGAGGCUGACAGCGCGCUACUGAGGAACCUGGAGUACCAGAUCCAGUCACAGUUCCUGCAGGACGACAUCAACUCCACCAGAGAGAGACACAAGAAGAACCUUGCUGAGAUUCAGACCUACGUAAACAUUUUGCAGCAAAUCAACCAGACUCUUCCUUUGGUUCCCAGUGUGUCAGUGGGAAUCUCUGAGGAGCAGGAGAAGCUGUUGGCUCAGAGGAAAGUGCCAGUGCUGCAGAGUCAGCUGGAGGAAUAUAAGAGCGCCCUCUGCCAGCUGCAGGCCCAGAAGCAGCGGCUACAGACUGAGACGUCCAUGUUGGAGCAGGCAAUCAAAAGCACGCAGGAGACCUACGACGACGAGUUCCAGAUGCACAACGAGCAGAUCGAGGCCCUGCGCAAGGAGAUCGAAGAAGCCGAGCGGUCCCUGGAGAAGUUCACCAGCGAAUGUCGCCACCUGGCCAUGUACCAGACCUCCCUGCAGAAUGAGCUGGAGAGGUACAAGAGGAUCAUUGAGAACGAAGACAACAGGUUGAAUUCAGCAAUAAUUGACACUCCCAUCACCCUGUUCAGCACUAAUUUCCGCUACACUCACACAAACACAGCAUCGAACAAGGGAAAAGACAUCACCCAGGCUAUCCAAGAUAUUACCAGCAUCAAGCCCCGUCAGAAGAAUCUGGCCAAGAAGGUUCUGAAAAAGAAAGAGCUGACCCCAAAAGACAUGAAAGACAAUGGGCCGGAGGAAAGAAGUGAUGGCGCUGCAGGAGCGGCUGCAGAGGAACCCGUCAAGGGGGUCCAGUCCGAGGACGUGCAAGGCAAGAGCGUGGCCAGAACAGAGCAGAGACCCGUUCUCUGCGGGGCGUCACCACAGGACGUCCCGGACGGAGCCCAGAUCAGCAAAGCCUUCGACACGCUGUGCAACAUCGUGCGGGACCGAAUGAGGAAGUACAAGAAGCCGGAGCCGAUCGCCGACUUCUACACCAAGGGCCGGUACAUUCUGGUCACAGGGGACAGCAGCUACCCGGAUCCCUGCUUCCACUCCUCCACGCCGUCCGCUGGCCACAUCUACGUCACCAUCAGAGAUGGGAUGGCGGCGCCCUAUGAGCCCUACGGACCCAGCGCGCCCUCUCCUGCACCUCCUCAGCCCAGUGUGGACCCCAGGCCCUUCUGCCCCGCCGUGCCCCCGAAGCCGGGAGGAGGGGGAAAGGAUGACGGUAAGGGUGGAGCUGGCAAGGACGGUGGAGGCAGAGGCAAGCGUAAGAUGGAGCCUCAGCCUCACAAAGACCCGGCGCCUCCACCCUCCGGUCCAGGUUCUGGCCCAAAAGGUCCCACCCCGGCUGCUGAGCCCCCUAAGAAACACAGAGACGACAGCGGCCCCAGUGGGCCCGCUCCGAAGCCCGCGCCCCGCGGUGCCAGCACCAGCACCAGCUCCAGCUCCGGCUCCGGCUCCGGCUCCGGCUCCAGCUCCGGCAGCUUCUCCCCAGACGCCGUGAGCUACGAGAAGCUGGAGGUGGUGGAGUCCGUGGAGAAGUUCGCGGACGGCCGCAGGCUGAAGGGUUACGAGGAGACUUCAAUGGUGGUGGAGACCGUGAUCGAGAAGUCCAGCAAGAAAAAGCACUAGCGCCAAGUCUGCAGAAUCCCACGGAGCUCGAGGUCCGAGCUGUUGAGACCCACCGCACGUUCCCGCUCCUCCAUCUGCUUGCAGUCACCGCUUUUGUGUCCAGAAUGUGUUUUGCGGGUGCUGUUGUUCCACUUGACGCCCACGACAAGAGUCCUUUACUGUCUGAAAACUUGGGACGGUGAGAAACGAGACCCCGCCACACCAAUUAAAAAAGCAAACAAACGACGACCUGAGAAGCUGUGCCACCCGAACUCUGUCCGAGAACUUGAACUUUGCCCCUUGAGCUCAAUUGUUUAAUUGGACCCCACUGCCCGCCCCCAGCAGAAUCUUGCUGUGUAUUAAUUUGCUUUGAUAUAUUGAGUAAUAAAAAGAUUCAAACAUCA